UUUUGGCUUAUAAAUGGGAUAAAAUAAAAUCUCAAGGUCCGGGUACCCAACCAUGGUGACCCGGCAUCGGAUAUUCAAUAAAUACCUGAUCGCCGGCGUCAUUGCCGGCGGCGGAGUUACUUUCCAAACCCUAACUCCUAACUCAUUCCUUUCUUCCACUGGUUCCCCUUUCAUCAACGGCGUUGUUCGGUCCUCCCGAGCUCUCUUCACCAUAACUUCCACUGUCAUCGACUACAAGUUCUCACUGUACGGACUCAAUCCUCACGCCGACGACUAUCGCCUCACUCUCUCCGAACUGCAUCUACGAUCAGCGAAAAGAAUUCUAACGAUGUGUGAAGCAAAUAAAGGUAUUUACAUCAAGGCAGGUCAGUUUGUUGCUGCCAUUAGGCAAGUACCAAAAGAAUACUCAACAACACUUUCUUCAUUACAGGAUCAUGCUAUUCCUUUUCAGUUUGAAUCGAUUAAACAAGUGUUAGUUAGUAAUUUAGGUUUAAAUUGUUUAUCGGAGGUUUUUUUCUCCUUUGAUGAGGUUCCGGUUGCUGCUGCAUCUAUUGCUCAAGUACACCAUGCUGUUUUAGUAAAAGACCGUCAGGAAGUGGCGGUGAAGGUGCAGUAUCCUGGACUGGAGUAUCAAAUGAAAUUUGACCUUGUAACUAUGUCUUUGUUAUCGAAAUUGGUUGGAUGGAUCUUCCCUGGAUAUAGGUUUCAAUGGCUUGUAACUGAAUUUGAAAAAUCUAUUGCAUCUGAGCUUGAUUUUAUUGCAGAGGCUAAAAAUUUGGAGAGGAUUAGGGAAAAUUUUAAGGAUAAUUCUAUGGUUAGGGUUCCGAAUGUGUUUUGGGAUUUUACGACAAGGCAGGUUAUGACAAUGGAGUUUUGCAGAGGUCGUAAAGUCGAUGACUUGGAGUUUCUGAAGGAAAGAGGAAUUAGUGAAGUCAAGGUUGCGAAAACUUUGGCAGAAGUAUUUGCAGAAAUGAUUUUUGUUCAUGGUUUUCUUCAUGGGGAUUUACAUCCUGGUAAUAUAUUGGUUUCUCCUGAAGGGAAGAAUGGAUUUUCGUUAGUGUUGUUGGAUUUCGGGAUUUGUAAACAGUUGAAUGAGGAUUUCAGAUUGAAGUAUUGCGAGCUUUGGGAGGCUUUGGUAGUUAAGGACCCAGCCAAAAUCCAGGAGAUAGGAGAAUAUUUUGGUGUUGGGAAGUACUCGAGAUACUUCCCUGUCAUAUUCACAGGAAGAACAAUUGACAGUAAGUCCGCACUGGGCGAAGGAAUGUCUGUUGAAGAAAAGAAGAACCUGAAGCAGGAACUGAAGUCACUUAAAAUGGAGGAUAUAUCUUCCUUCAUGGAAUCUCUGCCUACCGAUUUUCUCACAGUAUUGCGGACCGAUGGGCUCCUAAGAUCUCUGACGAGCAAGUUGGGUGCUCCCUUGAGAGUCAGGUUACUAGCAUAUGCUGAGUAUGCACUUUAUGGACUUUCGUUGAAGGCUGACUCUAAAUCUGAUUCUGCCAUAGAAGUUGUGCUCUUUAGAUUCAAGAUUGGCCUCCGAUACAUCCAACUAAGACUCCUGUUUGGGAUAUUGGGGCUUGUUUCAUGGCUAGAAAACAUCAAACACACGUCAACUAGGAGGUUUAAAGAUUUUCUUGCCUCAGCUGGUUUUCUGAAUUUAUAUUUGCUGUGCUCGAGAAUAUAUAUUGGUCAUUAAGCUCAAAAUGGGGGUUGGUUUGAUGACAAUACCCAAGAAUUAUACCGAGGGAAAAUAGGUAGAAAAGUGCUUAUAAAGCACCAUUUGAUAGCUUAUUAUCGGAGUUAUGAGGUUGUUGCUUUACAUAUACUGCUAGAGGCUGCCCGCUGCUGUAAUGUAAACAGUUUUCACGAAAACUGAUGAUAAAUAAGGCCAUGGAAAAGCAAUCUGGAAGUGUGCUUUGUCACAAUCAGUAAUCGCAGAAAGAGCAAGAACUACAGUGACUAAGUUCCAGGUAUUAUUCUCUAGCUUCUUCAAUGAUGUCAUUUAAUCCUGGAUCAUCGGCAGAAAUGAAAGUCAAUGGCUUUUUACGCUCAGUUAUCUGUUUGAUUGACAAGGCUCUAGCUUGGGACAAUGAGAAACAGAAGUGUUUCUGUACGAUGGAGGUGCGUUCUUUUGCAGCUGUGCUGCCAUAGGAAUGGGAUGAAUCACAGUUACACCAUCUUCUGGCUCACAAUGAGUGAUGAAAAACGACCCAUGAAAACCAAGAAAGUGUGGACGCGAUCAUCCCAACUGUGUUUGUCCUUGAAAACAUGUCCAGGUGACUAUUAAAACUCAUUGAAGGUUGAUGUACCUCCUAUUUUCAUCUUAUUAUAAUUGGAAGAGAGGACCGUGCUUCUUAACGAUUCGUCUAGUCCUGUACAUGUGUAGCUAUUUCGAUGUAAUUAUGAUGGUCUCUUCUUUCUCAGCAUGUAUAUUAGUUCUAAUGACAAUGAUACAAUUGAAGACAUCUAAUUUUGAUUUCUUAGAGAA